AUGACUGCUGCGCUUGUGAAUCAGCCGGCCUGGGAGGAACGGAAACAGGCACCCGCGGAGAUGGACGACGAUCCCCAGACGUCUUUAUCGGAAACAACUUCCAACAAUGCCAGAGAAAUCAGCGCUCCAUUUUUAGAGCUUCCCCCUGAGCUAGUCCAGCAAAUAUUGUCAUAUUUAUCGGCUCAAGAUCUCGCUCGCCUGUCAACCACCUGCCGCACUUUCGCUGAGCAUGCGACCAACGAGCUUUUGUGGGCCAAUAUCAUCAACUCCAAUCUUCCUGAGCCCAUACACACACCAGGUGUCUUUGACUCCUUUCGCAGUCUCUACAUCGCCCACCAUCCUUGCUGGUUUAUUCCUCGCAACAAAAUCUGGUUUUCGGACACUGAGCACACGGGCAAUUUAAUCCUCGCCCGCUAUGAUCACCGACGGGGCGUCAUAGAGGCUUACCGAGUCAUUGCAGAACGUCGCUCGCACCAAUUUCAACUUUGGGACUGGAACCCAGAUGUUAUUAUCCAAACGUUCAAUCCUAAAGUCAGUCUGUGGCUAGAUGAUCCAGUCCUGCUCCUUAAAAACCACCACGAGGGACGGCCGUUAUAUUUACGCGGUGAGACCCGCAUGCCUAUGCCCCUCGAGACGCAGCAUGUCUUCAACUCGUUUUCGCUUUGUUCCAUCCGAAUGACAUCUGAUGUUGUGGCGAACAAACAAUGGCCUCCAAUAACCAUUCCAACCAAACACCGCGUCUAUCGCGGUGAAGUUGACCCGGAGUGGGAACACCACCCCCAACAGCUGGACAGAAUUUCUGAGCAUGCGUUUCGAAUUAGAAGAUGGGCACAUUUCCGAUUGGGCAUGCCGAUCUUCACCGCUGGCCGGAGCGAGACGCUGUCGACUUAUGCUACACUUGACCCGGAGCUGUAUACGCCCACGGACAAGAAACCAUACCAAGGCAUUUGGGUUGGAGACUACUCAGCACAUGGAUGUGAAUUUCUGCUUUUCCUACAACGUGAUCAAGGGGAAGGGCGAUGCAGCCUUGAGGCUAUCAAGCUCACUGGAGACCCUAACGUUCCUCGUGGCGAAAUAUCGUUCUCAGCAGACGACAUUGGCCCAGGAGGAUUUGUUCGCAUUGCGGAGGAAGCUCUCUUUCAAGGAGCACGCAUAGUAAGGAGCAAAGGCCAUGUAGCGGGCCUCGGUUUUAGAGAUGAUACGUUUAUCGCAUCCCAACUCAUUUUGAUUUCGCCAGAGUGCGUGGCGCACUAUUGGGAAACUAUGGGCCAUAUCUCCUAUUACCGUCGUCUGGACAUCGAUGCAUUACUCCGGACAUAG